CAAUCUUGUGCAGUUCUAUAUUUUCUUAAUUCAACAACCUGUUGUCGUGUUGUCUCUUCUAAAAUAUAAAAAUGAAGAAGUCCUCAAAAUUAUCUAACGGUCAAGAAAAAGAGAAUUCAUCGUACAAAAAACUGAAAAAUACAGAAUUUGAAAUUUCGAAUAAUACCAAGAGAGGCAAUUUUUUUAAUAUAUUUGACUAUAUAUUCAUAAUUGCAUUUUUACUCAUACUGCUCUCAAAUAUUUUUUCAUUUGGAGCAAUUUCAUGGCAGUUAUCAUCAUUCGGGAGAGUAUUUUUAAUAAAAAUUCUACCUUAUUACGAUUGGAGACCAUUGAAGAAUGAACAGUGUUUAAUAAAAAGGCCUUUUUCAGAUACAGAACGCACUCGAAGUAAUUUGAAUUGCGAUUUAUGCGAAGAUACUUUUGAAAUAGACGCACAUAAAAGUUUAGAAGAAGAUAUUUUAGAAGAACGCUACAUCAACAUUGAUGUUCCGGUAAUUUUGACAACCGGCGUGGAAAAAUGGCCCAAAGAUUCUAAAUUUAUGAUAGAUAUCCAGAAUGAUUCAAGUUUUGUCAAGUCUUAUCCUUGCGGUUUAUCCACAAAUAUCAACAAAGGAGUAGCUGAUGUAGGGACGAUUCUGUCAAAGCAAAUAUAUUUCGACCAUUUUUUUAUCCAUUUUCAAAAUUGCGAAUUAGAAGCGAUGAGGACAUUGCGAAAGUAUAUCUAUAGACCGGAUUUUUUACCAUCGGCAUAUUCACCAACGUUGUACAAUUGGUUAAUUUGGAAUGAAAACUACAAUACAACGAACUACAAGCACGUAGAUUUGGUUGAAAAAGUAGCCAUUGUAGGCCAAUUGUUCGGAACAACUUCUUUUAGGCUCAAACCUAGGAAAAACUGCGCAAACGUGUGUACUGAUUUAACCUUCAACCUUCACGGAGGAGAAAUUCUGAUUUUUACAAGUUUGUGGGAUUUGGAAUACAGGCCCAACGACAUUGGGGAAAAUAUGGCUGUUAUAAUGGAAUAUUGA